AUCUUUAGCUGCGCAGCUCGCAGCCUCGUUUGCGUGUGCUCAUGGCACCUGAAUCCUUGGCGGGUAUAACUUACCAUCCGAAACUUAAGUUAUUUAUAAAAUGAUGUGUAGAAUACACAUUUGAUAUGUGUAGUAAGUAAAAUUUUCAGUCAUUUUUCAGAUACUCUAAAAACAAAUUACAGUGAAAACAACGGCAGUUCAGAAUAUGACUAAAGCACAAUGAUGUAGACGAACAAACCAAGCAACAAAUGGACUUAAAUUUGUAAAGAAGUAAGAUUUCAGCAGUAUCAUGGAGGGUCUCCAUUUGGCAUCAGCUGGUGACGAUGUCAAAUUGUGGGACUGCAGCCAAGGAGUCGUGCUGCUGCAUCAAUUCAAUCCCCAUAAUCAUAAUGUAGCAUCUGUCUCAUGGAACUUUGAUGGCAGCUUUCUUGCCAGCUGUUCCAUAAAUGAUGAUGCUGUAGUGCUGACAUACACAAAAAAUAAUGCCCUCACAUCAGUGGAUUUGCAGUGUGGGACAGGGGUCCAGUGUGUUGAUUUCAAUUCCAAUUCCCGUUACAUACUUUGUGGUGGAACUGAUGGAGUGUCUGUCUGGGACUUGAAAACUAAAAGUCUUAAAAAAUCUUUCAAGGAAGCCAAAGGGCCAAUCACAGCAGCACGCUACAACUGGAAUGACUCGUAUAUUGCUGCAGGCUCUGAAACAGGGGAAAUAAUUCUUCAUAACACAAUCACAGGCCAGUCCAGUAGCCCUUUGUUAGCAGCCACAGCGCAGGCAAUAAGACAGUUAGAAUACUCAGGAUUUAAGAAGUCUAUGUUUGGCUGCACAUCAGAUGACGGAGUUGUGACACUGUGGGAUGCUAAUGCUAGGCGACAGUUACAUGUCUUUCAGGAGGCCCAUGUCGGACCAGCCACUGGCCUGGCCUUCUCUCCCAUCAAUGAAAUGUUGAUGAUAAGUGUUGGACUUGACAAACGUAUGGUCUGUUACGAUAUCCAGAAAAAAAAGAUGCUGAAAGCCAUUGAUACACAAAGUCCACUAACAUGUAUCGACAUUAUGCACGAUGGUGCAACUGCAGCAGUGGGCUCCACACGUGGCAAGAUUUACUUUUAUGAUUUGCGGCAAGGUGGUGGAAGUCCUGUUUGUGCAUUUCAAGCACACAGAACAUCUGUUCAAGCUGUUCGAUUUAUGCCUUUAGUUAAAAUCAAGAAUGAAAUAGCAGAGGGAAUGCAAAACAUGCAACCUAUGUCCAGCCACAGACGUCAGCUGCCUCUGUCUCCACGAACCAUGCAGAACAUCACACCAAACAGACAAAUGCCUGAUUCUGUUUCAUCCAAACACCCUCAGACUUUGGAACAAACAGUAGAUAUAUUCUCUCCAGCAGCAGAAGGUGUUCAAAGCCAGCACUGUCACAACAUUUCACUGUCAGCAACACAACUGAGCCUUACAAGCAGCCGUGGUGAAGAUUCUUAUGCAGGUGUGUUUUCACCAUUAACAAAUGGAAAAGUUGAGCAGCUGUCAUCACAUUCCUUUCACGGCACAAGUUCUCUUCUUUCAACACCCUCCUUUUUAGGCCAAGCAGGAAGCAGUGUUCACUCUCCUCUACCUGUACAUCAGUCACAUCACAUGUCCAGUGGAUUGCUUAACAAAACCAGCAAUUCCCUUACUAAUUACAGCAGCAACUAUGCUGGAUCUACUGCUCCAAAUGCUAGUCAGAGUACUUCUUCUCAACAUCCUCACUCACCGCAGGGUUCUGGAGCAUCACCCAGUCUUCCAAGCGCUCACAAAUACUCUUUUGAUGCCAUUUCAUUCCAUGACCCUUCUGCUGCCACUGCCUCAUCUGUAGAGCAGAUAGCACCACUACCAGUCCUGCAGUUAUCUCCCUCACAGGAUUUAGGCUUAACCAAUGGUGAAGAAGAAAAUGAGGCUGAUCCGCAAGGCAGCUCUGUAAAGGAUUGCGAGGAUGUUCAUACAUCCUCCUCCACACGUUCUUCUCAAGAGGCAUCUCCUGGGCGCAGAGGACACACAUUUUCUCAUUCUGCUCUCUCAAAAUGGCUAAAUGGACUUCCAGGAAGUGUAUCUAAGAGAGUGGCUGUCGGUGCAGUCGAUGGUGCUGGAGCAGAUGCUGAUGUGGGUAGCAACGUGCAGGCAUUCCAGACAGAAUUUCUGCGUAAUUUGGUAGCUGAUGCCAUGGAAGAGCUGCGGGAUGAAAUUCAUCAUGAUAUCCAGUCCUUGCAUGUUGACAUGCUGCGUCAGUUCCAUACCUUUCACAUGGAACUGCAGUCAUACCUUACACACUAUGCAGACAUGAAUCGAGAACUUGUGAUGAAAGUGAAACAUUUAGAAGAAGAAAACAAGAGACUGAAAAAGCACUUUUAACUAAAAAUUAGGGUUGUAGUAGGCAGGGGGCGAUAUCAAAUGUUGGAUAUUUGCCAUGGCAACUGGUUUUUGGAAAAAAUGAAACUAGCCUGAAGUGGAGAAUGAAAUAAACAUUGCAGCAAGUAGUCCCCUGCCUGUGUGAGAAAGCUGAAAAGCUUAUGAAUUUCUGACAGACCUUAAGUAUGGAUUAUUUGCAAUGGUGCCUGGCAACAGAGUAACAGAUUAAUGUUGAAGUGAGAUCAAUUCAUCCUUAGGAUCUCCAGGAACUGCUGAACUUUGAGUACAGAUACUGUAACAUAAUGAUCUCUGUGUAUAAAGCUUUAUCUUUGUGAAUAGAUGAACUGUGAGGAUGAUGUGUCAGCUUGGGUUUGGGAAUAGCUACUAUUUUUUAACAUGAACUUGAUCUUUGUUUGCUUAUGAAGGGUACUUAAACAAUCAAAGAAGAUUUGCUUGAACAAUUGCCAACAUGAAGUUUUGAAAGCACGUUUUGCUGAUAUUUAUACUUAUCUCCAUUUAUGGAUUCCUUGAGAAGAAUACUUAAGGUUAUUUUUCUUGCAAACUUUGUUGGGAGAUCAAGUGACCAUAUGGACAAGCCUUUUCAGAUCACAAGUUUAACAAAAUUGUUGGUAACAUUUGAUGGUUGGCUGCUGUAAAACUUUCUGGCUAUUGUUUUGAAAAGUGAAUCUUGCAUCACUGAUUGGGCAGCUGCUGCAACAUUAGUAAGAGCAAAGUCAGAAUAAUCCCCCCAAAAAACUGUUGUUUGAAUAAAAGAAAACUGGCUACAUAGGACAGAAGGCUGAUUUGUAAAUAAAGGGAAGCUGAUUACAAGACCAGAAGGCUCACUGCAGUGAUACUCAAGCUUGUGUUCAUUUUUUAAUGUCUUCCUGUUAAUUUUGAGGUGAGAAUGCCUUGAGAACAAUUGACUAUAAAACAGAAGCCUGAUUCAAAUGAGGAAAAAUGUCAGAAUUUUUUGUUUUUCCUUUUACAUUUAUUGUCCACCUCUCAAUUUCUAACAGCAUUUGUGGAAAUAAACAUUGUGUCUUUGGCAAAUGAGAGUGCAAUUUUGAAGGUACAUUGCUUACUGAAGCAGCAUGAUCAAAAGCAUUUAAAACAAACACAAAAGGGGUAUUAUAACAUUAAAAUAUUUUAGCUGUGCUGUGAAAAAACUGCUUUGUAUUUAACACUGUAAGGUGCAAGAAGGAGAGAUUUUUUAAUAUUUCCUUUUGUUAUUGCAUGAAUGUAAUGUAUUUUUCAGUCAGCAGUUUCACUUUUGCUUUUUUCAAGAAUUAAAUAUGACCUUUUUAUAUAUCAAUGUAGACCCAAACUGUAAUGUCUUGCUGCUUAAUAUUUCAGCUAAGACUGGUUUUUCUGUCUCAUUAGUUUACGUGGUUGUUUUUGUCCUUCCUUACCCACCACUUUACCCUGUUAUAAAAUAUGCACACUCAGGAUUGUUUUCAGCAAAAGUACAAUUUAUUGGCAAAUGCAUGCUGGGGGACUGGCAUUAAUGUUGAUGCUUCUCCUUAAGGACUGUGUUCAGAAGUAAAGCUAGAAGUGCCUUAUACAUGUUUUAACACUUUAAAAAAAGUUGCAAUUUUAAGAAUGUAACAAAAUGCCAACAGUAGACAUAAAGUAUAUAUUAUGCUCUUUGAAAGCAUUGCUAACAUAGAAAACGUUUUUGAAACAUUUUUCAAUAGUCACUGGAUAUCAAAUGAUGUUCAAAAAUCGAUUUCCCAAUCUUUUUAUUCUGAGCAUUUCAUCUUAGCUGAAAAUUUGUAAUAGAGCAGUUUUGUUUUCCAAGAUUUCUUCAGUAUAUUUAAACUUGACUGUCUGCAUUGUAGUAACACUCAAGUUCAUUUCUACAUCUUUUAUUAUGGUAAAAUGAAAACCAUUGCUUUAAGGCAGCAUUCAAAUGGUAUGGAGAAUUUGAAUCCAGGUUUUUGAAUAUGAAAAAAGUAUUUUCUUUCAAUGGUGAGUAUAAUUUGUGACAUUCAUGAACAUAACUGGUAUCUGGAAUACUAACCCACCAAUCAGAAAUGUUUAUCUAUUUUUAAAUAAACCAGACCAUUGACACCCAUAUGGCAGUAA